UGCCGCAAUUCCAAUACGAAAUCGACGAAGGUUUAUACUUUUCUCUGUGAACUCAACCACCACCUGGCCACCUGCGAAUUACCACGUAUCAAGCGUUAUCCGCCUCUCUCUUCGCCAUCUACUGAAAACGUUCGGGAUAUUUGAACUAUGCCACCCAAUAUCACAAAGCGAAGGCGAAGCAAGGCCAAGGGUGUUGGAUUUACUGUAAUGGUUGUCGGUGCCUCCGGGACUGGCAGGACUACCUUCGUCAACACCCUCUGCGAAUCCGAAGUUCUUCCUCACAAAGAUUGCGAUAAUCCGGAAACUGCUGCACUCGAAACAAGUCUUGCAAUCAAGCCGGUCAACGUCGAUAUCGAAGAGGACGGACUCAGGAUAAAUUUGACCAUCGUCGACACACCUGGUUUUGGGGAUAACGUCAAUAAUGACCUUGCCUUCCAAGAGAUCGUGAAUUACCUCGAACGCCAAUACGACGAUAUACUCGCAGAACAGUCGAGAAUCAAGCGUAAUCCACGUUUCCGUGACAAUAGGGUACACUGUUUGCUGUACUUUAUUCCUCCAACAGGUCAUUACCUGAGGGAAAUAGAUGUAGAAUUAAUGCAAAAGCUAUCACAUCGAGUCAACGUUAUUCCCGUUAUAGGUCGUUCGGAUUCGCUGACUUUGAGCGAAUUGAAGGCGUUCAAAAAACGAGUCAUGGAAGAUAUUUCGCAUUUCGAUAUUCCAGUGUACAACUUUCCUUAUGAUGUGGAGGAAGACGAUGAGGAUACUAUUCAAGAGAAUCAGGAGCUUAGGUCCUUGCUUCCCUUUGCCAUUAUGGGUUCCGAAGAGGAAGUCGAAAUCGAUGGCGAAUAUGUCCGCGCGCGGGUGUACCCAUGGGGUGUGGCUAUCGUUGACGACCCAGAACAUUCUGAUUUUAGUAGGCUUAGGGGCGCAAUCCUUGGUACUCAUCUCCAAGACCUCAAGUCGUUGACCGAGGACGUACUUUACGAGACUUACCGUACCGAGAAGCUUUCUAGGACCACCGGGUCAUAUAUGGAAGCUCG